GGAGGAAGAGGUAGAGGAGGAAGAGGUAGAGGAGGAAGAGGUAGAGGAGGAAGAGGUAGAGGAGGAAGAGGUAGAGGAGGAAGAGGUAGAGGAGGAAGAGAGUGAGGAGGAGGGAGAGGUAGGGGAGAAACAGGAAGAGGAGCAAGUAGGGGAGGAAGAGGUAGGGGAGGAAGAGGAGGGAGAGAAACAGCAGGAGAGUGCUGAGGACUUAGUCCAAGAGCUCUCAGCUACCGGGUCAGAACAGGGCAAAGCGUUCUCAGCUACCGGGUCAGAACAGGGGGAAAAGAGAGAUGGUGAAGACCAGAAAGCAGAUGCUUCAUAUGUUGAUGAGGAGGAGCAUGAUUUCCCAGAGGGCCAUGAGAACCAUAUCACUUUGGGUGCCCUAGAGCAGGAUUCAUCAGCUGAUGGCCAAGAUAACCAGUCAAUAGAUGAGCCCAAGAGAAGGUCCAAGAGAAAGCCCUCAGGAUGUGAUCAGACACCUGGUAGAGUGAUCUACGUCAAAAACCUUCCCAGAGGCUGCUAUACAGAUAGUGACUUCCUGAAGAUUGUUAAAGGCUUCGGGAGAGUGCAUCGCUAUUACCUCCAUCGCAAUGGUGAAGAAGGCUUCAUUGAGAUGGAGAGGUCUUCUGAUGUGACAAAGGCUUUAAGAGAGCUGCGUUAUGAUAGCUGUAAAUUAUACGGCCAGAGGGUGAUCGUCCUGCGGUCUCAGAAAUACAAAAGACUAACAACAGGGUGGAAACCUGAAUCAGACUAUGAUUCUAAAAGUGAUCAGAAGAAAGAUCACAGGAAUAGUAGAAGCAGCAGCAGGAUAAGGAGACGGAUCAGCAGUCACUCAAAGUCAGCAGCUAAGGACAAGGAGACGAAAGAGGAGGACGAGGAGACGAAAGAGGAGGACGAGGAGACGAAAGAGGAGGACGAGGAGACGAAAGAGGAGGACGAGGAGACGGCACGACAAGUACACUCCGAACAGCGUAGUAAACAAUCGUCUGAUCCAGCCAAACACUUUCACAUGGACAGAGGAGCGUCUAAAUUGAAUACUGACAAAUUCUCCAACAGUGAAGACCAAAACAAUGCCCCUGUCUCUGCUGCUGAGGAUGAGAAGCGGGCCGGUAGCACCGAGGACAAUGUAGAAACCAAGAUGGAGGAUAAUGUGGAAAGAGGACCAGAUUACGUGAAGACUGGUAUGGAGUCAUCAUUCCAGCCCAACAACCCAGUGGGAAGGGAAUUCAUUACACCUGUCAUGGGCUAUUUCUGCAACCUGUGUCAAGUAGUCUAUGUCAAUGAGGACGAAGCAAAGAACCAACACUGCAGCAGCCUCCGUCACUAUCUGAAGUUUAUGGAACAUUCAGCUAAAGACACAGCCUCUAGCUAAAAGAUGUCCAUCUCUGGAGGAAGUUGACAAGAUGACAGUCUUAGACCCAAUUUAACAGGAAGUGUUAACAAGCUCUUCUGGAGGAGUGUGAAGAAUUUGGGAUUUUGCCAUGUCUUAAACGCUCAGAAGAAAGCCACAGGUUUUACCUAAUCCACAAAAGAGGCUCUUUGUGAAACUCAUCCUAGAACAAUAAAUGGGAUUGCAGAUUAUGUUAAUCUGUAUUGGUUUAUUUGAACAAAUGUACAGCACCUACCUAUAUAUAUAUUGUUAUGUUUGUGUUGUAAUAGCUCAGAUCUACUUCCGGUAACUUGGUUUGUUUGUCCUAUGCUUGGAAUUAAAGCUAUUAGAAAACCCUA